UUGCGAUCUUGCAGUGUUGUGCUCCUCACACUUGAAAUCCUUCGCCCCCUCAACGAUGAAGCUUACUCUCCUCGCCUCGACGUUGGCCGCUUCGUUGUGCGCCGGAGAAGUCCUCGUCUCCCUUCCCGUAAAUGUCGACGGCAACCUCAAGAACCUGCAGCUCCUUCGCGGGGAGACGUUUGAGCGUGCCGCGCUCUCGUUUAUGGAGUUGAACGGGCUCGUGGCCGACGGUGUCGAGUCCCAACGCUCCCAAGACGUGAUUGCUCAGUUGGCCAGCAUGCUUCGCGAAAAGGUCACGGAGCAGCAACCAGCCCCGCCCAAAGAAAUUGUAGUCACUGUGCCACUCACGAUCGACGGCGUCGAGACAUCCUUGACUCUGUUCCGCGACGAGCCGAUCUCAGACGCCGUCUCUCGCUUCCUUCGGGACGCUGCGCUGACAGAAGAGUUCAAACUGGAAGCAGCGCCCCAACUGUUGCAGGUGCUCGCGAACAAAGUCGCUGAAUUGAACGCGCCCGCCCAAGAACCUCAAUUCUCGUUCGACAUUAGCAUCGACGGUCAAAGUGCCGUGGUGCAGCAUUUCCAAGGCGCGGAUCCACUGGUGGAAGCCCGCGAGUUCGCGGCCCGGGUCGGUGUCACAGACGAAACGUUCCUCGGGCAGUUGUUGCCAACCGUGGCCAAAGAAAUCCAAAAACGCAUCGACGAGCUUACACAACCCCAAACAACAACAUCCCAGACCGAGUUGUUUUCCGUGCCGUUGACCGUCAACAACCAAGCCGUCGUGCUAGUGCAUUAUGAAGGGUGGACGCCGACGCAGUCGGCGCUCUCCUUCCUCUACCAGAACGGCAUCACCGACCCCAACACGGUGAACGAGUACUUGCCGCAGCUGGUUGAAGUGCUGAACAACCAGGUCCGUCAGUUGGCCGACGCACAAGCCGCCGCCGUUCCACAACAAGCCACCGCCGCCGGUGCGACGCGGUCGCCGCUGCUGUCCGUUCCCAUCACCAUUGGCGACCAAGUGCACCAGUUGACUUACUAUCAAGGCGACAGCCUCGACUUGACCGCCCAGUUGUUUUUAGAAACGCACGGCUUGACCAACAACCCCAACUACGCCGCCUUUGUAACGGAACUGUCACUCACGCUCCGCAAAGGCAUCCAGGAACUCGACCAGCAAAUGGCGGCCAACACGAGUCCGAAGGAGCCGCUGUUUCAACUCCCCAUCACCCUCGGAGGUGCCACGUACGACCUGGCCUACUACGACCACGAAAACCCUGGCGCAGUCGCCACAGAAUUCUGCACGUCCAAGAUUCCGGCACUCACGGCGUCGUUUGGCCGCACUGUGACGGACGAAGAGGUGCAGCAGUGCAAAGUGUACAUUUUCCAGACCAUCACUCGGGUGGUGGACGAGCUGGCGGCGCAGAGUGUCCAGUCCCCAGUCCAAGUUCCGGUGGAGAAGGCGCCGCUUCUGUUCACACUCGACAUUGACUUGGGCGAAGGACGGAACGCCGCGUUGCCGUUCCAUGACGGCGACAACGCCGUGGACGUCGCCAACCAGUUCUGUGAACGCAACAACGUCGACGUGGAGAACGUUCCGAUGCUAGUCGAAGAGAUUCGCAAGCAAGUGGCCAAGGUGUAGAGAAAGUGAUCAUUCAUAUGGGUCUCGAAAUGGACCGAUUAAUAUAAGUAUACGAGGCCAGGAGGACCAUUAUGCAGCUG